CUCACACUUGUAUAGCAUCAACUUACUUUAACUAAAUCCACCUGCCUAAGUCGAAGGUAGACGAUGGGUGAAAGAAUUUACGCGUAUCUAAUUUUGUUGGCCAUCCCUUUGGUUUUGACUCAAGGAGCAAACGAAAUUUGCGUGACAGACAAUGCAGACGUUGGCUUUAUGUUAGACGCAGAUGGUGGGGCAAAUGAGAGUGCAAGAAUUCAGCAAUUCAUCACCAGCAUGGUCAAUGCUGCUUUUGUGUUGGGCCCGGAAAACGUUCAAAUAGCAAUAUUUUCUGUUUCACCGAUUGGUAAUACGCCUAAGCCCUUUAUCAUUCUCAAUAACAGACAUUCGAAGUCUUUAUUAGACUACUUCAUCGGAACAAUACAACUUAACUCGUUUAUGCCAAGCUCCAGCACAAAUUUCGCCCUAUUAUUUUUAGGAUCAGUUGUUCUUUAUCCACAGAAUUUAGCGGAUCGAGCGAAUGGCACAAAUGCCAGAAAAAUUGCAGUGCUUAUUACCACGCAGAAGACAUCCGAUUUGUGUAGGGCUGUGAGGGAGGCGGAUAGCCUGAAGCAGAGGGGUGCCGAGUUGUAUAUUAUAGGCGUGGGGGCAGGGGUUGAUGUCCUGGAACUACAAGCUAUGGCCACAGCCCCCGCAGAAGAACAUACUUUCGUCUUAAACACAUUUGAUGACCUUGUUCAUUUUACCAGCAACUUUUCCAAGGCUCUUUGUUCAGGUGGCACCACAAUCAGCACUGCAGCACCAGGGACUUCAGACUGGUACAGACACUACCAAUCUAAAUGUCCAAAGCCUACAACCAUUCAAACGACAUCAACGGCAAGCGAUACAAAUGUGAGUUCCGGGUACAAAAUAACAUCAGUUUCUUCACAGGACAACACUGAUUUAACCAGAGAUACAAAGACCACCCCCUCAGAGGCCAGCGAUACUACUGUGAGUUCCGGGGACAAAAUAACGUCAGUUUCUUCACAGGACAACACUGCACCAUAUGUGAUGGCAAGGACAGAUUCAACCAGAGACAUAAAGACGAACCCAGUAAUUGCCAGCGAUACCACAGUGAGUUCCCGGGGCAAAAUAACAUCAAUUUCUUCCAAAUUUGUCACCCUUCUGGACAACACGUCAGCAUCUGUGACAUCGUUGACCGUUUCUCUCAGAGAAACAAAGACCAACCCUACAGAAGCCCUAUCUUCCAAAGCCUCACCCAGAAUGCCUGAUAAGACAGGUAUAGGGACGACACCAAUCGCCGCAGAGCAAGAAAAAUCCACGAAAGAAAACUUAUCAGGCCAAUCGAAUGGAAUGGACGGUAUGAUGAUUGGUAUAAUCGCCGGUGUCGCGUCUGCAGUUGUCAUCGGUGGCGUGGCGGGUUUGACUAUUUACCUUAAAAAAUCCCCGCAAAGUGUUCGACCAAGUAUGUUAGAGAACCAAAUGAAAGAGAAGCAUAAAAGUGAAGAAAAACAGAAAGCGGACUCUAUGGUGGAUGUGAUGAUAUAG